CAUACACUCACUACUACUUGACCACUUAUACACCCAAUUCCAUGCUUUCCCUCAAGGUGGUUGUGCUCUCCGCCGCCGUCGUCUUCACGGCGCUGGGAGUGAAGGCAACUGUUCCAUUGCUCACUACUCACUUCCCAACACUCUGGAACCUCUGCCUCCUCUGCUUCAAGCCUCCAUUCAUCUAUAUUCUCCUCAACGCCAUCAUCAUCUCCAUCGUCGCCUCCUCCAAGUUCUUCCACCACAAUCCCUUCGACACAACACUUCCCAUUCCACAACCUCCUCCUCACCACGUCAACCCCCAAGAACAAGAAGAAGAGGUGGAAAAGACAAUCGACUUAGGAGUGGUGGAGGAAUCCGCAUUGAUUCCGCUCAAGAGCAUCGACUCGGAGAUUCCGCCGGGAAAACCUCUCGUUUCGGCAAGGUUCGGUCAACGUAGACCGCCCAAGUCCAUUCCCGAAGGUGGGAGUGGGACUGGAAAGUCGUUGAGGGUGGUGGCGAGGGCGAAACGACAUGAAACGCUGGAGAACACGUGGAAGGCCAUAACAGAAGGACGGGCGAUACCGUUAAGCAGGCACGUGAGGAAGUGUGACACGUGGCAGAACCGCGGGCCCGGGAGUGUGGCUGAAUUGAACAAGUCUGAGACAUUCAGGGAGCAGGCGGUAGCGCUUAGGAGAGAGCCAUCGCUGAGUCAAGACGAGUUGAAUCGUCGCGUCGAAGCAUUCAUACGCAACUUCAACCACCAGAUGCGCUUGCAGAGGCAACAGUCCUUGGAGGAGCAAUACAAACAGAUGCUUAACUAAACACACACCAAUACAUCGUGGAUAAUUACUUCUUUUAAUUAAUUAAUUAAUUAAUUUAUAUACCAACAUAUGCAAAAUAGCUUUUGUUAUUUCUGCAUGUACACAUAUAACUUACAUACAGAACAACACACAAUAUAAUUUCUUACACGGACGGACUUUCCAAUUUGAUUGUGUCGUCUCACUAUUAAUAGCUUGAAUGAAAAUAUUCUGAUCUUAGUUAAUUUGGUAAAUUUCUUUUAGGUAUUAAUUAAUUAAUUAAUUAACUGGCAUUGUUUAUAUUGAGUGUAGAAAUGAAACUGAUGAGAAGGGUGAGUCUUAGCUAUGUUUAAAUUUCUGUUUUAGAGUUUGUUAUAGACAAAGAGUUGGUUAGGAAGUCUGUUAAGUAGCAAAGUUGUGUA